GAAAAAUGAAUGGAAAGAGGCAGGCAGCAGAAUGACAAAUGCAACAGUCUGCCAAAGUCCAUGUUUCCAAAUUGACAGUCUCCUUUGUCCCUUAAUGGUUGAUCUAUUAAUGUCGUUAGGUUCGCCGCACCUUCCACAGGAAAUGAUGCCAGAACACACCUUCAAAGGAGCAGGUAAGAAGUAAACACUCUGCCUGCCCGGGAGGAGACAGACAGACAGACAGACGGACAUCUACCUGCCGAAUGGGGCAGCGGGGCUCCACGCAACCCGAGGCCCGGGUCCUUCUGCUGGGUCUGGACAAUGCGGGCAAGUCCACCCUCCUGUACAAGAUGAAACUCAACAGGUUCGUCGGCACCGUCCCCACCAUUGGCUUCAACGUGGAAAUGUUUGACGUGAAGAAGAAAAAGAAGAACUUUGCUCUGACCGUGUGGGACGUGGGCGGCCAGACGGAUAUGCGCCGCCACUGGCAGACUUUCCACCAGGACACGGUGGCCGUCGUCUUCGUGGUGGACGCCGCCGACCGGGGCAGGGCGGCCGAGGCCAAGCGGGAGCUGGAGAGCACGCUGACCAGCGAGCAGCUCCGCGGGCGUCCGCUGGCGGUUCUCGCCAACAAGCAGGACGUAGACGGCGCUAUGAGCGUGGCGGAAAUCAUAGACAACUUUAACUUGCGCAAGACUUGCGGCGACAGGGACUGGUUCGCCCAGCCGUGCUCCGCGUCCACGGGCUUGGGCCUGGAAGAGGCUCUCAAAAGGAUCGGCCACAUGAUCAAACCCCCGACGGAAUCGGCGCCCAACGUGAAGGAGAACAUCCGGGACACCGUGAAUUACAUCAAAUUUCGAUCUGUUACGCGUUGAGGGUGCAUUUGGAAGGGAACGGACACACGUAGCGUUUCCACAAUUUCAGUGGGCAAUCAUUUUCAUCAUGACAAUGCAGCAGUCGUCAUUCAUAUAGGCCUACUACACUAAAAAGGGACUGCAGAUUUCAAAUCUUAUUGCAAUCAUGCUAACGGACAGAAGUUUAGUAGAGUUGUGGGGGAAAAUUAAAAUUCUAUUUAAUGACUGUAAAUAAUUGUGGCCCUACAUGGCACACGACGUUGUAAGCAGUUUAGUUUGAACUCUGGCAAUGUUUAAAAAAAAAAAUGAUCACAACGACCAAACACAGCUAUUGGAAACUUGUAUUCACUAUUUCACCAAAGCCUGCAAGGUGAAUUACGAACAGUGCUUGUGCAAUCAAUAAAACGGCAAGUUACUACA